GUGGAGCUGAGCCUAUGUAAGAGGUGGGGAAGCAGAGUCAAGCUGGUGGUAAUUAUUGUGCUCAGGUAAGGAGCCGGAGGUCGAGGAGGCCUCAGAGGUCGUCUCCCCCCCUCCCCCCCGCACUCUGGGAUGAGCCGAGUCCAGAGCCUGCCCUCGGCCUCGGCCCCUGUGGUCACCGCCUGGGUGAAGCCAGGAGGCUGGGCUGGGCGGGGAGGGGGGAGCGGGCACUGCCCUUCCCAGUUACCUCUGCAGUGCCAGGAACUCAGUGCCUUCUUCAGCCUCCUGGAGGACAGCCUCCUCCAAGAAUUCCUUGCCACAGACCUGUGCUACCGCAUCUCUGAUAAGUAUCUCCUGGCAAUGACCCUGGUGUACUUCCGGCGGGCCGGCCUGCAGCUCUCCGAAUACACGCACGGCAACUUCUUCCUGGCCCUGUACCUCGCCAACGACAUGGAGGAGGAUGGCGAAGACCCCAAGUACGAGAUCUUCCCCUGGGCCUUGGGCGAGAGCUGGCGCCAGCUGGUACCCGGCUUCCUGCGGCAGAGAGACCGGCUGUGGGCCCGCAUGGGGUACCGGGCCGCCGUGAGCCCGCACUGCUGUGAGGAGGUCAUGGUGAAGGAGCCCUCCCAUUGGGCCUGGACGCGGGAACGGCCCCCCCACCACGGCGGGGCCCAACGGGGGUCUCCCUGGGGGGAGCUUCCCCCGGCCGGGAGGUUGCCCCGUGGUCCCGGCCUCUCGCCUCCGGGCUGCUCUCUCUGUGGCAGCGGUCCCCGGGCGGGGAAGGGUGGCUCCCCCAAGCCCCCCCAGUCCAGCCCUCCUCUCCUCUCCGCUGCGGCCCCCUGGCCCUCCAACCUCUUCUUCGUGCUUCCCCCAACGUUGCAGCUGGAGCCGGGCGUCUACUACACCUUCCAGAUCUUGCUGGAACCCUCCGCCACUCCCGGCCACUGGCAGUCGGCAGGGUGAGAAGCGGCAGCUUCCCGUCCCGGAUGCCCCCUUCCCCGAUCCGUUCGUCGUGACGCUGGGCCCCCUCCCCACCCCACCUUCCUCCCUGACCUCAGGAUGGCCCUUGCUGCCCCCGUAGCCCCCGUUUCUCCGCAAAUCGGCAUCACCCUCCACGUGGGGCACAGGCUCUUGGUGGCCCGGCUCCCUCUUAUUAAACAGAUGCCCAGCGCA